AUGACCGAAUCAAAGACUGAGAUCUCGCAGCUGGCCGAUUGUAAGAAUAUCCCGAUUAUCGACCUCUCAUCUUUGGAUAGUCCAAAUUUCAACGAGCGACGGAAACUUGCUCAAUCAAUCUAUGAUGCUUGCACUCAGGUCGGCUUCUUUUACAUCAAGAAAUUCCGCGGUUACAGCCCCCUAGGUGGUGAGAAAUCCACUGGGACAGACGAUGAUCCCAUUGCUGAAGAAGAUGCUGUCAAUGCUCUCUCUGAAGCAUUCGACAUCGGAUACGAAACUGCAAUGGAUCCUCAAAAAUCAAAAGAUGACCCUCUUCCUCAUGAUCUCUACGGAUUGUAUGGUGAUAAUCAAUGGCCUAGCCAGGAUAUACUUCCAAAUUUUACAGAGACCUAUGUUGAAUACUGUGUCAUGAUGCUAGGGCUCUGCCGAAAGCUGAUGAGAAUAUUCGCCCUCGCUUUGGAAUUGCCCGAGGAGCACUUCGAUUCGAUGACCAAGAACCCAGGUGUCACGUCCAGGAUGAUGCAUUACCCACCUCAGCCGGUGAAGGAGGAAGUCCGUGAAGGGCUUGGGGCUCAUACGGAUUUCGAAUGCUUCACUAUCCUCUCCCAGGGUAGUGUCCCGGGGCUGCAGGUGUUGAGUCACAGCGGCGAGUGGAUACUGGCACCACCAUUGCCGGGAACACUGGUCGUCAACAUUGCAGAUUGCUUGUCCAUUUGGUAG